AGAAGGCAUAAGAAACAGACCCACUUUUGGUCACCGUUUCGGCGGCACUCCUUUCAACCAAGACUCUGUCAAAGAGCGGGAGAAACUUUCGGAAAGCCUGUCCAGCCAUGUCUCGCGCCGCCGCCUCCGCCGCUCGGACUCUGCGCUCAGGCCGCCGCUGCAAAGGUGGCAUCAUGCUUCCAGAAAAGUCGCAAGGGAAAGUACUACAAGCAACGGUAGUGGCUGUGGGAUCAGGCGCGAAAGGAAAGGGUGGAGAGAUUCAACCAGUCAGCGUGAAGGUUGGAGACAAAGUUCUUCUCCCAGAGUACGGAGGCACCAAAGUGGUUCUAGACGACAAGGAUUAUUUCUUGUUUAGAGACGGUGACAUUCUUGGGAAGUACGUGGACUGAUCACGAGAAGCUGCCCAUUCCGCCGACGUUUUGAGCUCCGCAUCAUGUAAAUAAUUUCCGUGCCUCCUUUUAUAAUAAACUGAUGGUGCCCUGCACCGAUGACAUCA